UCCAUUCCUGUCGGGGAAGUUUUGUAGAAACCUGCAGAAGAAAGUUGAACACUAUGAUUGCAUCGAGUUUUAGAGACUGCAAGGCUUGGAGAUCGGAAGGUCUCCCAUUGUCCACCUCUAGCAAUGAGGCAUGUAAGAUGUAUGAUGCCAUACUUACCCAGUACGUGACAUGGCGAAAUGAUGAGACUCUGGGAGGAGUUGAGGGCUGCAUGUCUGCUGUCAGGGCUGCCGACCCUGACUUUGUGAUGGGUCACGUGAUCACCACGGGGCUGGAGCUGGUGGGCACGGGGAAGUCGGUGCGUCUGGACGAGGGCCUGGCGGCGGCCGUGAGGACGACGGUGGAGCUGGCUCGGUCCCAGGACGUCACCCCCAGGGAGCGGCUCCACGUCAGGGCCAUGGAGCUCUUCUCUAAGGGGAGUUUCCCCAAGGCGUGUGAUGUGUGGGAGGAGAUCCUGGUGGAGCAUCCAACUGACCUGCUGGCCCUCAAGUUUGCCCACGAUGGCUUCUUCUACCUGGGGGCCCAGACCCAGAUGAGAGACUCUGUGGCCAGGGUGCUGCCCCACUGGAAACCACACAUGCCCCUGUACAGCUACCUUAAAGGACUGUACUCUUUUGGUCUCCUGGAGACUCACUUCUACGACCAGGCUGAGAAGAUGGCCAAAGAGGGGCUGGCCAUGACUCCCGAGGACGCCUGGUGCGUCCACUCAGUGGCCCACGUCCAUGAGAUGAAGGCGGAGGUGGACAAGGGCCUCAAGUUCAUGGAGAGCACCGAGAAGGACUGGGAGGUGUGUGACAUGCUGGCCUGUCACAAUUACUGGCACUGGGCACUGUACUACAUCGAGAAGGGGGAGUACGAAGCGGCGCUGAGAAUAUUUGAUAGCCAGGUGUCCAGACGAGGUUCUGCCUCUGGGGCCAUGCUGGACACAGUGGAUGCCUGCUCUCUGCUCUACAGACUGGAGAUGGAGGGUGUAUGCGUGAAGGACCGGUGGCGGGAGUUGCAUCAGCGCAUACUGCCCCACACGGAUGACCACGUGCUGCUGUUCAACGACCUCCACUUCCUCAUGGCAUCUCUGGGCUCCAAAGAGACACACGCGCCCCACAGACUGGUGGAGGGCCUCAGGGAUCUGGCCAGUGCCCCGGAAGAGAACUGGCAGCACCAGCUGGCAGGGGACCUGGGUGUGCCCAUGUGCCAAGCUGUGCUGGAGUACGACCAGGGGAACUUCAGCCGCACCGUGGACCUGCUGCUGCCCUUGCGCUACCGCAUCCAGCAGAUAGGGGGCAGCGAUGCGCAGAGGGAUGUCUUCAACCAGUUGCUCAUCCAUGCCGCCAUGAAGUCGGGAGAAAAACACCAUCACAAACUAGCCAGGUGUUUACUGGUGGAGCGUGACGCAGCCAGACCUAACUCCCCACUCACUGACCGCCUUAUCCAGAGAGCCCACGCCCUGCAUGUCUGAACAAGGCUGGGGCUAAGGGCUGUGGGUCAUAGACUGGAACCAGGGCCUGGGGCCUUAAGGCUGGGCACCACGGCUCCAUGCUGAGGAGAAAGGUUCCAGAGCUGCUGUGGGAUGUCUUCCAAAUAAGUCUCUUAUCUAACGUAACAAUAGAUGCCAGAAUCCACUAACAUAAAUUUCUUUUGAAAUGUUUAUUGUAAACAUACAAUCGCUUUGUUCUUGAGAUUAAUGACAAUUCUUGUUUGAAAUGUAAAUGUUUCAUAUCCAAAAAUGUGCCUUGGUAUGCCAAUAAAAUGCCAUCUGUACAAGGAGUUCAUAGACCAAUGUUUUAAUACAUUUAAGGCCUUGAAACAUCUUAAAAAAGGCCAGAUUUUCAUCUGAGGUCUGAAAUUUAAUUUAGUCAGGUCUAAAAAAGAUAAUGCCAAGUUAUAAAACAGAAUACUCUGCCUUCUAAUUAUACUUACAAAACAAGUGAAAGUUUGCUGAAGGAUUUCUAAGAACUUGUCACAAAAUACAGUGACGAUAAGUAGACUUUUCUUGAAUAGACAUAUUUAUUUCUGCAAUAUGGUUAAAUAUUAAACAAAAAAUGUACAGUUUACUGUCUAUUUAGUGUGGGAAUGUUUUGGUACCUCACGAUUCUUAUCGAUUCUUGGGGGCACGAUUCGAUAAAAAAUCAAUUUUAAUCAAAUUGCGAUUCAUUAUAUGCUUACAUAAAAUUAAAUUGUGAAUCACUAGAAAACUGAAUCGCAUUUCAUAUGUGAAUCGAUUUUUCCCCCACCCCUAGCACUUAGUGCUGAAUGAAAUGAAAUUAGGUUGCUAAUGUGAUUACUUUAUCUGUAAAUUAAAUGUAUGCGUUUUCAAUGACUGAAUUCUUUUUUU